AUGUCUCCCAAAGCGCGCGUUCUCAUCUACGUGCUACGCCGCGAUCUUCGACUCGCCGAUAAUCCCAUAUUCCACGAAGUUUCACGCCUCUUCCAGCAGUCCCAACAACCAUUCACGCAUUUCCUCCCUGUCUACACAUUUCCUGCCAACCAAAUCGAGGUUUCUGGCUUCAUCUCCGAUUCGUCCAAGAAGUCGCCAUACCCAGAAGCCAGAGCACCAGUCAGCGGUUUCUGGCGAUGCGGAAAACUCAGGGCCAAGUUCCUGGCAGAAAGUGUGUGGGACUUGAAGAAGGACUUAGAAAGAGUUGGCAGCGAUCUACAAGUACGUGUUGGCACUGUUCACGAUGCCGUCCGCACCAUCUUGGAAAGCUACAAGGAACACAACGAGGUGGAUGUUGCAGGCGUAUGGAUGACCAAUGAAGAAGGUGUCGAGGAGAAGAGGGAAGAAAAGGAUGUCAGGAAGCUUUGCAAACAGUACGACUCCGAGUUCAAGCUCUGGGUCGACGAGAAGUAUCUCGUGGACGAUCGCGACGUCCCGUUGCAAGACCCGAGUCAGUUGAACGAUGUCUUCACUGCUUACAGAAAGACUGUGGAACCAUUGAGAUCCGCACCCCGAAAAGUCCUCCCGACACCAUCCUCUCUACCUCCUCUCCCCUCCCAUGUUCCUGAGCAGUCGGAACCUUUUGAGAUCCCCGACUCUCUGGAAGGCGUUAUGACCGCUUUAACCAAGCCUCUCGGAGACGACAACGGCAUUCCUAAUGUGGCAAAGUGGCCCAAAGGUGCCGAAUCUGCACACCCUUAUAUCGGUGGUUCCAAGUCAGGAAUCGAGCGUAUCGACCAUUUGAUUGAGAGCGGAAGCAUGACUGCAUACAAGGAUACUCGCAAUGGACUGUUAGGUCAGGACUUCAGCACGAAACUGUCUGCAUGGUUGGCUCUCGGAUGUUUCACAGCACGCCAAGUCCACUGGAAGCUAAUUGAUUUCGAGGACGGCAAGACUCCACUAGGAAAGGAUGCUCCUGGUUACGGAAAGGGAGAAAAUAAGGGAACAGCUGCUGUACGGUUCGAGCUUUUGUGGAGAGACUACAUGCGACUUUGCACACGCAAGUUUGGACCUCGUCUCUUCCACGUGGAAGGCUUCAGGAAUGACCAGAACGCUUCGUGGAAGUACAUCUCUAGCCCUUUCAGCGACUCAACCGACAAGAAGAACAAGGGUGGAAGCAACGACGACGCGACUGCGGAAGCUGUCAUGCGUUUCGUCACAGGGCGAUCCGGCACUGGUCUUAUCGACGCUAGUCAACGUGAGCUCUUCUUGACUGGAUACACCUCUAACCGUGCAAGACAAAAUGUUGCCAGCUAUUUGGCAAAGCAUUUAGGUGUCGACUGGCGCAUUGGUGCCGAGUGGUACGAGAUGAACUUGAUCGAUUAUGAUCUCUCAAGCAAUUGGGGUAAUUGGCAAUACGUAGCCGGGGUGGGCAACGACCCUCGCGGUGAACAGCGCGUGUUCAACCCCAUCAAGCAAGCCCUGGAUUACGAUUCGCAAGGCGACUACAUCCGCACAUGGGUUGAAGAACUUAGAGAUGUCAAAGUUGAAUCUCACAAUGAAGGCACGCAAGACUCGCAAAACUUGAUGGGAGUCUUCCAAGCGUGGAAACUUCCUGAGGAAGAGAAGAAGAGAUUGGGCAUUCAGUCUGUAGAAUGGGUGCAGAAGCCUUUGGUCAAGAUCAACUUCUCGCUCAACAGAAGAGGCGGUGGCAGCAAGCGUGGUCGUGGCCAUGGACGCGGUGGACGUGGAGGAGGUCGUGGAGGAAGAAAUGAGCAGAAGGCCCAUGCUUGA